AUGUUCUCAUUACUUUGUCAUCUGCUAUCAGCUUUUGUUGGGGCUGUUUUACCUGUAUUUUAUUCGUACAAAACUAUAAAGAAACCUAGCCAAAAGAUGCUGUCGUAUUGGUCGAAAUAUUGGGCAGUUUUUGGAUCUUUUCUCGCAGUAGAUGCUGUGUUGGAUUCCUUGUUCAUACACUACUUUGUUCCAUUCUAUGAGUUCGGAAAGUUGAUGUUUCUUAUAUGGGCUGUCAAUCCGUACACUGCCGGAGCACAAUUUGUCUUCGACAAAAUACUUGCUCCUUUCAUUAAACGUCAUGAGAAGGAAAUGGAUAUCUACGUUGAGUGCAUGAUCGACGGUGUAGUUACCCGUGGUCCCGAACUGGCAAUCACGCACAACACGGCAUCGCUCGAAUUCGCGCAGAAUGAAAGGUGUUUCACAAAAUGGGUGAUGAAACUUGAUAUGAAGAGAACGCCCGUACUUACCCAAUCAAAGCUGUGUAUGCCGUCCAAGUUAUCUACAGUCGGGGAGAAACGUGUUGCCGGAUCAACGUUGUGGAAUGCGGCAAGAAAUCUCCAUGCUUUGUCUCGCAUGAGGACGGAUACUCUUGGACGUGCUUUGCUUCAAGGUGAACAAAGAAUUACUAUUGCGGAAAUUUUAACCGAUCAAGAGGAAGAAGAAGCGGAACUAAAUGCUCUCGAAGCUGCUCCAGUGAUCGCGGAGGUCAAGGCUGAGGAGCCCGAGUCUGACGAUGAAGUUAUUUUCGUUGACCCACAUCAACACAUGGACAGAACUAUGACAUCAAAAUCAUCUGCAUCAGCAUCUUCGAAGACGCCUUUGCCAACAAAACGAAGAAGAGGACGGAGACCAUCAUCAAAUGUUACUCGCAAAAAGAAUAAUAGAAAUGCCAAACGCGCAAAUUCCGGUGAACUUGCAUUUGAAACUUUUGAAGACGACAUGCCCAAGAGGCCGAUGCGUCGAAGCAAUCGUGUCGCCUCUGUGGCUUCGAAAAAACAACUAGUCAUAGUUGGAGAUGAUAUGACUGGAGAAGAAUAG